UCCAAAUUACCACCUGCCCAUAACCCUACAAACCUUACAAGCAAUCGCCACGACACAACACAACGGCUUAAGCCCUAACCUUAAACCCUACUCGCUCUAACCAUAAACCCUACUCGCUCUGCAAAACCCAACCAACAAAGCUUGCAUCUUUCUCAUUUCUCGGAGUUCCGAAGUCUAAACCAUGAAGAACAAGAAAGGUUCACGUCCGAAGGUCAAGAAGGUUUCGCUCGUCAAAGACCCUUUCUUCGCCGCAGAAUCCAAGAAGCGGCGGAAGCCGGACGGUGCCAGUGGAAAAGGUAAUGUUAUAGAAAGCAGCGAAUCAGACGAUGAUUUUAUUGGCGGCUCCGAUAGGGACGCUGUAGAGGAAGCCGAUGCCGAUGAGUUUGUGAAAGAGACUGCCGAUGAGGCCAGGAAGAGGCUGGCGACUGCCGCUUUUGAGAAGUUCCGGAAAAAUGGGCCGAAAAAGAUGGAUGAGGAGGAUGACGAAGGAGUUAGUGGCAAGGAAAGUGAGGAUGGGCAGAAGGAUUCGCUUGUCGCCCAGAUUUUGCUGCAGCAGCAGCUUGAGGAGAGUGGUCGGGUGAGGAGAGCUAUCGCUUCGAGGGUUAAAAAGCCGGAAGACACUGAUGAAUUCAGAGUUUUAGUGAAGCACCGACAAUCUGUCACUGCUGUGGUUCUAUCCGAAGAUGACUUGAAGGGCUUUUCAGCUUCCAAGGACGGCACUAUUAUGCAUUGGGAUGUAGAUAGUGGGAAAGGUGAAAAAUACCAAUGGCCAAGUGAAGAAGUACUAAGGUCCCAUGGGGCCAAAGAUCCACAAGGCCGAGCAACAAAACAUAGUAAACAAGUGCUAGCAUUGGCUGUUAGCUCAGAUGGACGAUAUUUAGCCAGUGGAGGAUUAGACCGCCAUGUUCAUAUAUGGGAUACACGUACACGAGAGCAUAUUCAGGCAUUCCCUGGUCACAGAGGACCUGUUUCGUGUGUAACAUUUAGGCAAGGUACUUCAGAACUUUUUUCUGGUUCAUAUGAUCGAACAGUCAAGAUAUGGAAUGCAGAAGAUAGAGCUUAUUUAAAUACAUUAUUUGGUCACCAAAGUGAAGUAUUAAAUAUGGAUUGCUUACGAAAAGAGCGGGUAUUGACCGUUGGACGUGAUCGGAGUAUGCAGUUGUUUAAGGUCCCUGAGGAGUCACGUUUAGUGUUCCGUGCCCCCGCAUCAUCUUUGGAAUGCUGUGGUUUUGUUAGUAAUGAUGAAUUCUUAUCUGGAUCAGAUGAUGGAAGCAUUGAGCUAUGGAGUGUUCUAAGAAAGAAGCCUGUUUGCAUUUUUAAAAAUGCUCAUGCCUUGUUGACUGCAAACAAUAAUUUUGAACAGAAGGAUGGUAAUAGAAUCCCUGACGGCCACCUAGAAAAUGAUGACCUGACAUCUGAAAAGUAUGGCUCUUCUUCUGCAUAUUCGUGGGUUAGUUCAAUUACUGUUUGUAGAAGCAGUGAUCUUGUUGCAUCAGGAGCUGCUAAUGGGUAUGUUCGUUUAUGGGCUAUUGGAAGUGACACCAAAGACUUACAGCCUUUAUACAACCUUCCAUUGGUUGGGUUUGUUAAUUCGUUGGCUUUUGCGAAAUCUGGAGAAUUCCUGGUGGCUGGAGUUGGACAGGAACCUCGAUUAGGAAGGUGGGGACGUAUCCCUGCUGCUCGAAAUGGAAUUGCAUUUCAUUCUCUGAAGCUUUCUUAAAGUGGCCCAAAAUUUUUUGUAGCUCUCAAUUUUGACGACUUUGAGGUGAUAAUCUUAAUGAUAACAAUUUAUUUUACCCCACAAGUCAUAUAUGUUAAUUGUCGUUUAUUUUUCACCCUGUCUUGCUAAGUUCAUAUGCGGGAAAUUAAGAAAUCAUUUGUUAUUUGAAGAGGUAGUUCUACACUCAAAAGGGUACAAAAAUAGUCUAUGGUUGAAAGACCUCAGAUGGACCUUAUGUAGGACAGAAUUUGUUGUUUAUGACUUACCCCAGAAUUCAUUUGGAAGUCAAUUGAUCAAUAUGAUAGAGAAGGCUCCUUUCUAUCGUUUAAAUA